AUGUCAUACCAAGCUGGGUCUGGACCGGGUAUACGCAAAAAACUGGUGAUCGUGGGUGACGGAGCGUGUGGGAAAACGUGUUUACUGAUUGUAUUCUCGAAGGGUCAAUUCCCAGAAGUGUACGUUCCCACGGUGUUCGAAAACUACGUGGCGGACGUAGAAGUGGACGGCCGCCGUGUAGAGCUGGCGUUGUGGGAUACUGCUGGCCAGGAAGACUACGACCGGCUCAGACCGCUGUCGUACCCGGACUCCAGCGUGGUGUUGAUCUGUUUUUCGAUCGAUCUGCCUGAUUCGCUCGACAAUGUGCAGGAAAAAUGGAUAGCAGAGGUCUCGCAUUUCUGCCAAGGCGUGCCCGUGGUGCUGGUAGGAUGCAAAGUCGAUCUGAGAGACGAUAUGGCCACGCUGGAGGCGUUGACGGCCACAGGCCAGCAUCCGGUCACCGGAGCCGAGGCCCAGGCCGUGGCAGACCAGAUCGGAGCUUCUGCAUACUACGAGUGCUCUGCAAAGACCGGGUACGGUGUUCCCGAAGUUUUCGAGGCCGCCACACGGGCCGCAAUUGCGGGCAAAACAAGUCCCAUCAAGAGUAAAAAUGGCACGCCCAAACGCAAGAAAAAGUGUGUGAUUCUGUGA